GCAGACCAGUCAAAGCACAGCAAUAUGUUGUUGAUGAAGCUGGUGAUUUUCAUCGACUGGCUGUUGAUCGUCAGUGGUAAACGGAAGGUGAAGCUUGGCUUCCAAAACUUUACGGGUCGCGGCGCAGAUUACCGUGUCAAGUUGAUGACUGGGGUUAAGAUUAUAGACGCGCACGGCUACCCGGUGGAGACGCACACGGUUCGCACUGGAGAUGGAUAUAUUCUGGAUAUGUUCCGGAUUCCCUCAUCACACAACUGCAAGGAGGACGGAGUCAAGCCGCCUGUCCUCCUCCAGCACGGCAUGAUCAGCGUGGCAGACUCCUUCCUGGUGACGGGACCAAAGAACGGACUGCCGUUCAUGCUAGCCGACCGCUGCUACGACGUGUGGCUGGCCAACAGCCGGGGAGUCCGCUACUCCAAGCGCCACACCAAGCUGAAGGCCUCCCAGGACGCCUUCUGGUACUUUAGCUGGCACGAAAUGGGAAUGGAGGAUCUGCCCGCCAUGAUUGACUACAUCCUGUCCGCCACAAAGCAGGAGGCGUUGCAUUUCGUGUGUCAUUCUCAGGGAUGCACCAUCCUUAUGGUCCUGCUCAGCAUGAAACCGGAGUACAACCGGCUGAUAAAGACUGCCAACUUAAUGGCUCCCGCCGUAUUCAUGAAGCACCCAACGAACAAACUACUGAAAAUGUUUGGAAGUAUCAUUUUGGACUUGAAGGACGAGAGUUUUUUUGGGCCUUUAGGUAUUAUUAGAUUCUUGCUAGGAGUUUUUUGCCAAUGCUCCAAGUUUAAGGAGUUCUGCGCCGGCAUGUUCAUGCUAGGCAGUGAAGAACCGUCUAAGUUAAUGAACCUGACCGCCAUACCUUUGAUAUUAGCAACGCAUCCUGGUAUGAUUUCCACUCGUCAGCCAAAGCACUUUCUGCAGCUCCGGAACUCUGGCAAAUUCCGCCCGUAUGACUUCGGAGAAAAACGCAACAAAAAGCUAUACAAUCAGUCCAAGCCUCCAGACUAUCCGUUGGAAAAAGUCAGUCCGCUGUCGCCCAUUCAAAUAUACCGCAGCCAAGGAGACACCUUGGUAUCGCGCAAGGACAUCCACACCCUGGUCAGCAAGUUGGACAAGGUCGUGUUGAAUAUCGUUGAAUUUAAAAAAUGGAGCCACACGGACUUUAUAUUCUCCAACCUAAUCGAAAAAGUUAUCAAUGAACCAAUUAUCAAAGUUAUUGACCUCUUUGAAAAUAAAACAAAUCGGGAUUAGA